AUUUCCUUUAAGGUUUAUUUCAAACCAUAAAGACGUAAUUAUCAAUCGUAUUAAACCAGUUAUCAAAAGACGCCUUGUAACUAAAAAGAAAUUAGGCGACGCUUGGGCUGCUCCUGUAGAUGCACUACAAUUUUUAUUAAACGAGCCCUUUAUAGCUCCAGAUUUCGAUCCAAAUAAUGUAAAUUACGAUUAUAUUGUUGACUCAAUUGGAAUAUUUAUAUUUGCUGCUAUGGUAGGCACAUCUAUUCGUACUUCACAUAUUUUACAUG